AUGGAUGACUACGACUAUAUCAUCAUCGGCGCAGGAAUCGGCGGUCUCGUUUUGGCAAAUCGUCUAAGCCAAGAUGCUGCCAUCAAGGUCCUCCUCAUUGAAGCUGGCGCCAAUCGGAUGGGGGAUCCUCGUAUCGAGACCCCUGGGUUUUUGGCCACGAUGUAUGGCAACCCGGACUUUGACUGGGAUUACAUGAGUGUUCCGCAGAUUCAUGCAAAAAACCGACAAAUCGGCCAGCCCCGCGGUCGCGUCGUGGGCGGCUCCUCCGCAUUGAAUUUCUCCGCGGUUGUAUACCCUACCGCAUCAAACUUUGAUUCAUGGCAAGCGCUGGGAAAUGACGGCUGGGGCGCCAAGGACAUGGCCCCCUAUCUUCGGAAAUUCCACUCGUAUACUGCACCCAGCGAGGCCACAGCAGAACUACUCGGUACAGGCCGGUACAUGAAAGUCGAUAACCAAGGAUCCGAUGGCCCUGUCCCCGUAUCUCUACCAGAUGUGUAUGGGCCAUUCAAUAAGGCCUGGAACGAGACAUUUGCGAAAUUGGGUUGGGAAACCGAUGCCGAUCCUCUUGAUGGCCACAAACUGGGCGCUUUUACUUGUCCACUAAGCGUCGAUGGCAAGACGGGGGCAAGAGGGUACGCAGCGGCAUACUACUCCCCCGAGGUCGCGGCGCGGCCGAACCUACGACUGCUCGCAGAAACGAUGGUGGAGCGAAUCCUCUUCGUCCAACAAGACGGAAGUGUCAUCGCGACAGGUGUGCAAGUCAAGACCCAAGACAGUUCAUACGAGAUCAAGGCAAAGAAAGAAGUUAUCCUCUGCGCAGGCAGCCUGAACUCCCCUCAGCUGCUCGAGCUCUCGGGAAUUGGCAGUGCAGAUCUGCUCCAGACCCACGACAUUCCGGUGAUUAUCGACAACCCCGCCGUAGGUGAGAACCUCCAAGAUCACAGUAUCGCCAGCAUCAACUUCGAGAUCGCCGAUGGCCAGGUCUCGGGCGAUAUCCUGCGCGAUCCAAACGUCGUCCAGGCACUCAUCAAGCUCUAUGAGGAGACGCGUGGAGGCCCUCUCGCAGGCAUGCCCCUCAGCAUGGCCUAUCUCCCGUUAGUGGAUGGAACAGGCGCCGUGCCGAAGGAAGAAAUCAACGCCAUGCUCUCCAAAUAUCUCAAUGACGAUGACACCCCAACCAACCUGCAAGCGCAGUAUUCUCACAUCCGCAAGAUGCUCCUCCAAAGCGAUGACCCCUCCUCGCACUACCUCUUCCUUCCUGCCCAGCUCCACAUGAACCCGGGCAAAACAACCCUCACGGAUGUGCUAGCCAAAACUCUUCCGGAGAAUUACGUCUCCAUCAUGUUGCUGCACAACCACCCCUUCUCACGCGGUUCGGUCCACAUUUCCUCCGGAAAGAGUGAAGAUAAGCCCACCUACGACCCUAACCUGCUAUCCCACCCGCUCGAUCUAGAGAUCAUGGCCCGGCAGUUGCAGUUCAUUGACCGCAUUGCCGAUACUGCGCCAUUCUCUACUCUCCUUAAGGCCGGGAAACGUAUGCCUGAAAAUACAACCGGUUUGAGCGAUCUUGACCAUGCGAAGGAUAUCGUUAAGGAUCGCUUGUAUACGUGUUUCCACCCCGCAGGCUCUUGUGCCAUGCUGCCGAAGGAGAUCGGGGGUGUUGUGGAUUCUGAGCUGAAGGUUUACGGAACAAAGAAUUUGAGGGUUGUUGAUGCUAGCGUCUUCCCGCUUGAGCCUAGUGGUAAUAUUCAGGCUACUAUUUAUGCGGUUGCGGAGCGGGCGGCGGAUUUGAUUAAUCCUAGAAGUUAG